GUGGUGUUACCACAAAAUAUAUAUUGGAGGACUCUCUUGAACCCAGAUCUUUGCCACUGUCUCAUGUCCUCCUUUCAGGGCCCGUCAUGCGGAGUCCUCCAUGUCUUCUUUUGCUGUUCCAAGCCCUCAGCCCCGGCCUUGCCGUUUCGCUCCACAAGCAGCUGAAACACCAGCAGACUCUAGAGGAUCAAGUGUUCCUGGAUGACUCUACUGCACAUCGAUUCCUGGGUCGUAAGCCUCUUUAUAACCACUGGGAUUUCGAGCUGAUCACUCCAGGCAACUUGGAGCGUGAAUGCAUAGAGGAAGUUUGCAGCUACGAAGAAGCCCGCGAAGUCUUUGAGGACGACUUCAAAACAAAACAAUUUUGGGAGAGCUACGAACACAACGGGAAGGGAGGCGCAAGAACACCUGGUGUCGACGUGGCUGGCCUGGUGGCUGGCCUUGUAGCAGCGUUGGUGUCUGCAGUCAUGUUUGUGAUUGUGGCCAUGUAUUGUGUGAAAUACCGGAGUAAGCACAGGAGCCGCUCCAGGGCUCAAAGCAACCUGUAUCCUGCCGUGCCCCUCGCCAACUUUGACGAGGAGCCAAAGCCAGAGUCGGCACCGGGACUUCCAUCCUAUGAGCAAGCGCUGGCAUCUUCAGGUGUGCACGAUGCACCUCCUCCACCUUACCACAGGAAUAGCACCAACACUGCCCCACCAACCUGAGUUGUCAACAGCAAGAUCACCACUCCUGGAAGAAAGUGUACCCCCCUCCCCGCCAAUUUAUGUGCAGAAGAAAUGCUGUGAAUUCACCUGCAGCACAACUGAGGGGGGGGGGACACACAUACACAAAUAUGUGAUGUGGACCACUGAAUUAUGUAUAUUGCAUAUAUGUGUGUACUAUGUGCAGAGAUUGAGAGAGAGUGUGUGUGUCAAGACAGAAUGCUGCAUUAUGUUGAGGAAUAAGAAUCUAAAAUGUGAAUAAUACGACUGUUCUUCGCUACUCUGGCAUAAAAAUGAAUCACCAACUUUACAGCUCCAAAUCCAGCAUUUGCACAGGUUUCUGACACAAAUCCCUUUCUCCUGCCCACCACCUGUGUCAUGUGAACAAGCCUUGUUAUAGCUGUCUCUUUAUUCUGCCGUGGCUUGCAUGUGCUAGUGUUUGGGAUACCUGCUUGUUUUCAUGCCUGAUAAAAUAAUUCUCAGAGUAUGCUUGAACAAUAACUCUUAGGGUCUUUAGGGUGUGUUCAAGAGCACUAUUAAGAUGCAGAAGGGAAGAGGAGUGUAUAACAUCUGCCCUUGUGGUUGGUUUGCGGUAUGGAGUCUCUCCAUCAGUAUAAAUAGUGGUAGCUCGGCCUUCUGCCCCUGCAUUCUCAAUGGAGCAAUGCCUGAUCUAGAGAACAUCCCGUCCAUAUCUAACAAUGACAUAGGGCACACAGGAAGCUGCCCCGUAUCGGGUCAGUAUUUUCUAACCUAGUAUUUUCUGCUGUGAUUGGCAGUUGCUUUCCAGGGCUUCAAAGCAGGAGGGCGGGGGGGACCCAUUUGCAAUGCAAGCUGAACACCCCCACCCGAAGGUAUAUUUAGAGAAGUGUGAAAAUUAGGGAACAAGGAAGAAAUACAGUGGGCAGGCAGGUUAGAGGCAGAUGUAAGGGUGUUUAAAAGGGAAGGGGAGACAUGGGUUGGUGAGAAUAUACAGAUCAGCUGUAGAAAGCAAAUGCACCUCUGUGGUGAUGUAAGGAGGAGCAAAUGAUAUUUACAUGCAUUGCCUGCAGCUGUAGUCAGACAAAUUUGUGUGGUGGAGGAUGUCCAGGAAGACAAGAUGAUUAUCCAGUAAAAUGGGCACAAGGUGUUUGCAUGCCCGUAUGCUAACCUCAUAUCCAUCCAUCCUUUUCCACUCAUGACCUGAAGUGUUGCUUGCUUGACCCUGAGCACAGUAUAACACACCUUUAUACUUCUGUGUGAGAAGUUAGCGCUGCUGUGUGGACAAGAAUAUACCAAAAUAACUUGAGCCAUCUGUGAAUCUGUUAUUUUGGCAUUUGUAGAAAAUAAAAUUUGAACUAUUCUGUCA